GUUCAAUACCCUCGUUUCUUAGUGACAGCCUUAAACUCAGAGAUUAUUUAUAUCCCAUUAUACGGUCUCACUAUUAACUAAUUUAUUGUAAACAAACAUAAAAUUCGGUUUAAAAUGUCCACCAAACGGAAGUGGCUCGCUUCCGAAGAGGACAGAUUCAUCGACAUCUGGGUGCAGAAUAUGCACCUUUUUGCACCUGGAAAGAGGCUGAUGGAAACCUAUAUGGAAUUGGAACCUCAUUUUCGGGAAGUUGGCAUAGAAAUCAACGCCCAAGGUAUCAAGUCUAAAAUGGAGACACUAAAGCGAAAAUAUUUCAAUUUGCUACACUCCGACCGCGAUGAUCAAUCGACUACAUGGAGACACUUUGACACGAUGACUCUUGUGGUAAAUGGAAAUUUGAAGGAUUCGAAGGAUUCGGAGUGGAAGGAUUAUACGCAGCCACCAAAGACUUCUCACAUAACUCGCUCAUCUGUGUAUAUGAAUGAUCCUGCACUAAGAGAAUAUGUAGAAAGUCCUUUCAAAAGCGUCUACGUUGAUGAAAGUGCUGUGCACUUUUUUAACCAUGAAGAAAAACCAACAGCCAAGAGGACAAGACAAAGGUUCAGCAAAGCGACCAACGUUCGAGUAAAACCCCGAAGAGUUUGGCAGCCGGCGGAGGAAAUUAUUUUCGUUGAUGUCUGGGAAAAGUUCUCUGGUCAUAUACAAAGUGAUAGGAAAAAAAUGGAUGUUUAUAAGGACAUGCAAAAUGAGCUCCAGCAGCUUGGACUAAUAAUAGUGCCGAGUGAUAUUAAAUCCAAAAUUGAAUCUCUUACACGUUCGUUUAGAACUCAGAGAAAUACCGUUGGUGAUAAGUCCGAGUGGAUUCAUUAUUCAAAAAUAUCUCAGAUUCUCAAUCCCAUGGAUUUUAUGAAGUUCGAGGCAUUUUCAGAACCCAGUGGCAAUAGCAGUUCUGAAGAGGAUUCUGCCUGGUUUAAAGAAAUGGGACCCAAGACGGAACCUGAGCCCCCCGGCAAUCUCACUAAUUCUAAUGAUUCUGUUGUCAAUCAAUUCGACAGUAGUACUCAGCCAUGCUCUCCCAAUUCCAGCGUAGAUUUCUCUUUAAUUGAUCCUGAUCCGAGCCACUGCAAAGUGUCUAUUGAAAUAUUGGACCAAGAUGAGUCGAUCAAACCGAUCGGUUCCCCUUUAAGUGAAAAACAAAAAGCUGCUGAAGAGUUUAGUCAAUUUGUAACAAAAGAAUUGGCCGUUUUAAAUGAUGAUUUGCUUAUCGAGGCAAAACGCCAAAUAUACAAUAUAAUAUGUGUCUUGCAGAUGAAACAGAAUGAAGUUAAUAAAAAUUUAUAACUUACCAUAUAAA